CGAAACCAGUUCAUGAAAACACAAGCUCACCACCUUCGACUGAAUCAAGCAUGAAGCGAACCCUAGUUGUUGCUUUCUCCUUCCUUGCUUUCCUCACGAACCUUCCCUCAGGUUUCUCCGAUGACGCAGUUUUUGACAUAUCGGGGAACCCCGUGGUAACAGAUCGGCGAUACUACAUCUUACCAGCAAUCCGUGGGCCACAGGGUGGUGGAUUGAAACUUGCAAAAACUGGAAACUCACAGUGCCCUCUUACUGUCUUGCAAGAUUACUCAGAAGUCUUCCGUGGCAGCCCUGUCAAAUUCACCGUAGCUGAACCAACCCCUCUAAUCCUCACAGAUAGCAGCCUGGAUAUCGAGUUCGUAGAUAAGCCAGAGUGUGCAGAAUCCCCCAAAUGGAUAGUGUUUUUGGACAAUGAAAUCUACACGCCAUAUGUGGGACUUAGUGGACAAACGGGGCCAAUUUUAGAUGGGAAAUUUAAAAUAGAGAAGCAAGGACUCGGGUACAAGCUUGUGUUCUGCGUCGAUGACUCACAAAAUUGUUUCGAUAUUGGGAGGUCUGAUGCACAGAACGGUGAGGAUGGAAGACGCUUGAGUUUCACUCAGGAAGAUGUCUUCAAUGUUGUGUUCGUACAGGCAUUUGAAGAUGAUGAUAAGGUUAUUAAAUCCGUUGUUUGAAUCAAAUAUCUCAACUAUGCUUAAUAAAUGUUGAGUUAAUGCAAUCAUAUACAUGUUCUUCUUCUUGUGAUUUGCAUUACCUAAGUCAAUAAGAGAGAUCUUUCUCUCUUUCA